AUGAGAAGAAGGCCGAUAAUGAAGGUCCUGCUGGAAGCCGUAGGGGCGCCCGGCGGCGAUCUCGUCCAUCCAAGGCUUCGCCACGCUUCUCAGCACCUCCUGGUAGAUCUCAGCGGUGACUCUCAGGCCCUUUUGAAAGAAGAACAGAGGCAUGACGUCCCCGUCGCUGCACACAAGGCCGAAACGACCCAGUCGUGGCUGCUCAACAGUGUUCCUAACCACUGGUCGCCAGACUUGUGGCCGCCCUCCUCACUUGACUUUGCAUUCAUUCUUUCUUUAAUCAUCUAUUUAUUUACGUCUAAUUCUUUUCUUUGGUUUUUAUUUGUCUACGGAUCUUUCUUUCUUUCUUUCUUGCUUUCUUUCUUGCUUUCUUUCUUUCUUUCUUUCUUUUGUCCAUCUAUUAUUAUUCAUUCUCUUCUCUUUCAAUCUUCCCCUUUCUUUCUUUCUUUCUUUCUUUCUUUCUUGCUUUCUUGCUUUCUUUCUUUCAUUUUUUCCUUUUGGUCUCUUUUCUUUGCGACUCUUUUUAUACAGUCAUUUAUUCAUUCUUUCUGUCUUUCUUUCUUGUUUUCAUUCUUUACAGCUCUUUUUAUUCUUUCUUUAUUUAUUUCUUUCUUUUUCUUUCUUCCUUUCUUUCUUUUUUCUCUCCCUACCGCUCUUUUCAUUCAUUCAUUCAUUCUUUCUUUCUUUUUCUUUCUUCCUUUCUUUCUUUUUUCUCUCCCUACCGCUCUUUUCAUUCAUUCAUUCAUUCUUUCUUUCUUUCUUUUUCUUUCUUUCUUCCUUUCUUUCUUUUUCUCUCCCUACCGCUCUUUUCAUUCAUUCAUUCUUUCUUUCUUUCUUUCUUUUUCUUUCUUCCUUUCUUUCUUUUUUCUCUCCCUACCGCUCUUUUUAUUCAUUCAUUCUUUCUUUCUUUCUUUUUCUUUCUUCCUUUCUUUCUUUUUUCUCUCCCUACCGCUCUUUUCAUUCAUUCAUUCUUUCUUUCUUUUUCUUUCUUCCUUUCUUUCUUUUUUCUCUCCCUACCGCUCUUUUCAUUCAUUCAUUCAUUCUUUCUUUCUUUCUUUUUCUUUCUUCCUUUCUUUCUUUUUUCUCUCCCUACCGCUCUUUUUAUUCAUUCAUUCUUUCUUUCUUUCUUUUUCUUUCUUCCUUUCUUUCUUUUUUCUCUCCCUACCGCUCUUUUAUUCAUUCAUUCUUUUCUUUCUUUCUUUUUUCUUUCUUCCUUUCUUUCUUUUUCUUUCUUUUUCUCUCCUACCGCUCUUUUCAUUCAUUCAUUCUUUCUUUUCUUUCUUUUUCUUUCUUCCUUUCUUUCUUUUUUCUCUCCCUACCUCUCUUUUUAUUCAUUCUUUCAUUCUUUUUUCUCUGAUUUUCCUUUUUAUCUUUCUUCAUUUCUUGCUUGUUUUCUCUCUUUUUAUUCAUUCGUUCAUUCAUUCAUUCUUAUUGCUUUCUUUCUUUUUGUCUUGCUUUCUUUCUUGUUUUCUCUCUUUACACCUCUUUUUAUUCAUUUAUUCUUUUUUUUCUUUCUUCCUUUUUGUCUUUCUCUGUUACUUUCUCUCUUUCUUUGUUGCUUCAUUCUUGUUUCUUUCUUUCUUUCUCUUUCUUUUUUCUUUCUUUCUCUUUUUUAUUUUCAGUAAUAUUUUCCUUGUUCAUUCUUUCUUAUUUUUCCUUUGUUUUCGUUUCUUUCUUUCUUUUCUCCUUUCCUUCUUUCUUUCGCUUACCCCUCUUUUCUUUUUGCCAUUCAUUUUACCUUCUGUCAGCUCCGUUUUCAGCCACACAUUGCCUUUUCAUCCCACCUUUACGCUUUCUUCAACAUCACGAUUUUUCUUCCGUCCCUCUGAAUUUCUACCCCCCUUCCUUCCUUCAUUCCUUCCUUUCUUCCUCCCUUCCUUCCUUCUUUCAUUCCUCCUUCCCUUCCUUUCUUCCUUUCUUUCUCUCCCCCUCCCUCCCUUCCUUCCUUCCUUCCUUCCAUCAUUCAUUCAUUCAUUCCUUCCUUCAUUCCUCCAUCCCUUCCUUCCUUCUUUCAUUCCUCUUUCCCUUCCUUUCUUCCUUUCUUUCUCUCCCCCUUCCUUCCUUCCUUCCUACCCUUCUUCCUUCCUUCCUUUCUCACUGCCUUUCUCCCUCCUUUCCUUCCUUCCUUCCUUCCUUCCUUCCUUCCUUCCUUCUUUUCACUUCCUCAACACCCUCCCUCCCGUCCUUCCUUCCUCUCCUUCCUUCCUCCAUUCCUUCCUUCCUUCCUUCCUUCCUUCCUUCCAUCAUUCAUUCAUUCAUUCCUUCCUUCAUUCCUCCAUCCCUUCCUUCCUUCUUUCAUUCCUCUUUCCCUUCCUUUCUUCCUUUCUUUCUCUCCCCCUUCCUUCCUUCCUCCCUACCCUUCUUCCUUCCUUCCUUUCUCACUGCCUUUCUCCCUCCUUUCCUUCCUUCCUUCCUUCCUUCCUUCCUUUCACUUCCUCAACACCCUCCCUCCCGUCCUUCCUUCCUCUCCUUCCUUCCUCCAUUCCUUCCUUCCUUUCGUUCCUCCCUUCCUCCCCUCCCCUUCCUCCUUUCCUUCCCUCCUUUCUUCCGUAA